UUGAGCUGCGCGCUUGACUUGAGUUGUAUUCUCGUGGUUGGUUAAACGUUUCGGUUUUUCUUCAUUAAGACCAUUUUCUAUGGUGUCUAUAUAAUAUAAGGCGUCAGCAACUCAAGGUUGAACGUAAAUUCUGGAUUAGCUUUCAAACCUAUCCACAUCUGUGUAUAUAUAUAUGAAUGGAUAUCAGUAUUACAGAGCUGUGUAACGUUUUUGGCCAGCAAGAUGGGAAAGAAAAUUGUCAAAAACAAGUACUAAAGUUGAUUCAGUUCUUAGCUUCAGAAGAAGGCUGGCCAUUGUGUACAUCUGUUCUACUGAAUUCUAACUCUAAUCUGUCAAAUGUAAAUUCACUCCCCGAAGAACAAAAGUCAGCCGUCUUCUUUUUGUGCUGUAGAGCUAUCGAAGAGAGUUUAAAGUCGAAUCUACCAGUUCAACCGAAUGAAGCACCAAAAUUUGCUACUUUUGCUUGUCAGUGGUUAAGAUGUCUUAUUAAUCCUGCUGAUGGAAUCAGAAAACCAAAAUAUUUUGAAGCGAAAGCCGGUCAGUUAAUUAGUUUAGCUAUUGUUCGAUAUUUCCCAAAUCAUUGGUCCUCUUUAUUUGAUGACCUGUUAUCAAUUCUACUGGAAGCGACAGGUAAACAAGCCAGUGAAACAAACAAUUCUGAUGUAGUCGCCGUUGAUCUAUUCCUUGAUAUAUUGAUCGACUUAGACAGUUGUAUCAUUUCAAGAAAUGUUCAACUGACUACUGACGAGUUGAAACGUAGUAAUGAAUUGAAGGAUGCAAUGAGAGAAUCGUGUGUCGGUUCACUUAUUCAUACAUGUUAUCAGUUAAUACAACGUUUUAUCAAUUCAUACCAGUCGAAUGCUUGCUUAAUUCGAAAAAUUCUUCACACAAUCGGUUUAUACGCCUCUUGGGUGGAUUUAUCACUGUUAGCCAAUGCAGAAUGGAUUACAUUGAUGCAUCGAUUACUACAAUUAUCACUUGAUAACAAUCAUCAUCACAAUAAUAAUCAUAGCAAUAAUAAUGAUAGUAAUAAUAAUAAUUCAUCAAAUGCAAUUAUUCGUUGCGGUGUAUACUCCUGUCUGAUAGGUUUUGUGAAUAAAGGUAUGCCAGUAAUUGAUAAACUAAGAUUACUUACUGGUAUUUGGGAACAAUUGGGUUCAGUGUUAAUUAUUGGCGGGGAUCCAAGUAUUAUUAUGAUGUCUUCUACGGCGGCUUCAAUGAAUCAUAAUAAUAAUACAGAAAGGCAUGACAAUGAAGAUUUGAAUGAUGAUCAGUUGGAAGCGUUAACUACACUUGCCAAUCUAAUUGAUGCAAUGGGGAUACAAUUAAUAUCUGUGUACAGAAAUUUAUAUGAUGCAAGUGUUCUAUCAGUCACAAAUUGUAAUCAAACCACCAAUAGUCAAUUUCAAUCCAAUUCUGAUACAACUGCAUUCUUACCAAUAGCAUUAGAAACUUUAGAAGAUCGAUUAAAUAUCGCCCUACGUCUAUUCGAGCAUAAAGAAAGUCAAGUUAGUCAAGCUGUGCUGACAUUUGUUCGUGCGUAUUUAAGCCUGUUAAAAAGUGUUGUCAAUCCCUCCUCAGAAAACAGUAUGAUCUCACCAAGUGGACGUCGCCAGCGUAAUCGUAAUAGUUCUGCUUCAAUGGAACCAACAACAACAACAACACUGUCAAGUUCUACUGGCAUUAUUAACACUCCAAUUUCUGGUCAUUUAGAAAUCAAUGAGUUAAGAUCAUUUUUUGUUAAACGUCUGUUAUACGCUUGUGUGGAUAAAAUGAAGUGUCUACCGAUUUGUGCAGAUCAAGAAGACGAUGAAAGUGAAUACGAAGAAUAUCGUCAUGAUCUGCGCACACUAAUUGGCAAUAUUACUCAAUUAGAUAGCAGAUUUGUAUUGGAUACUAUUCAUCAACUAGUCAGACAUUCUCAUCAUGCACUAAGCUCAUGCGCUGUGAAAAAUAUUCCGCUUACUUCAGAAAAUUUACAACAAAUUGAUGUAACUUUAAAUUUAUUCUACUUAUUUGGAGAAAAUUGUAAGGCUAGUAGAAAUGAUCAUUUCAGUCAAACUUUCCCAUUGCAUCAAAAUAUGAUUGAGAUUAUGUCGAUUCUAUGCACUGAUGUAUUCUCUCGUCUACCGCAUGAAGUGUUACAAUUACAGUAUUUUGAAAUUAUGACUAGAUAUGAACGGUAUUUCACGAUAGUUCCUGAACACCUUUUCAAUGUGAUGAAUGCUUUUGUUGACGAACGUGGCUUACAUCAUCCAUGCAGUAGUGUUCGAGUACGCUGUGCUUAUUUAAUUAGUCGUAUUAUCAAAUCUCACAGAAAAACACUGCUUCCGCAUACAGAAGAAUAUCUUUCCCGAUUGUCCGACUUACUCGAAUUAUCUCUUGAACCAACAGACUGUAAUCUUUUAAACGGUGAAGUAGUAGUGGUCAAUGGACAUACUUCUGCUUCUUCUACUUCUUCUUUUAUGAAUGGACAUAUCAACAACAAGUCAUCUGUUAACCAGACUGGUUUAGGCAUAACAGAACAAGGUUUUCUCUAUGAAGCAGCAGCACAGCUUAUUGCAGGUGGCGGUGGCGGUGGCAGUGGCGUUGGUGGGAAUGUCUCAGAUGACGGUGAUCGUAUUGGACAAUUGUUUCGUGUUCUCCUCACACCUGUUAUGAUUCAAUAUGAUCAAUUUGUUACAAAGUAUAUCACGGAACAAAAUCCGAAAUUAGCUGAAGUACGCGGAGUGCUAGUUAAGCAAGUCACUGAUCUUAUCACAAGAACCACCAAAGUGUUUUCUCAGCCAAAAUCAGUUAUCACUUCAGGUUGUGAAGCUGUCUUAAUCGAUGCAAUGCGACUUAUCAUUUCAGAGUUGUCACGUUUUCCUACAGAAGCGGCUAGUCCAGGACGACAAGCUGCUUGUGCUGGAGUUCGUGCUUUCCUUCAUCGUAUGGUGGCUUGUAUUAUGCCAUCGUCGUCAUCACCAUCACUAUCAUCAUCAUCCGCGCCAGGUGAAUCUGGGAACACCAACAGCUCUGUAACUUCGGAUAUGCUAUUAGCUGCACUUGUAGACGCUGUACCUCAACUGGUUAAACCAUUACGAUCUACUACAAGCUCAUGUUAUAAUGGUGGUGGUAGUCAUCAGUUAUCGGAUAUUAUGGUGGAUGCUGAACAACGUUGGAAAGAAAUCAGAGAUGUUAUACCACUUGUUACACAAGUACUACUCAGAUAUAAGAAUCAAAGUAUUCCAUUCCUAUCAACGUGUCUGCCAGGUCUAUUGGAAGCGAUCAUGAAUGCUUUAAAUGAACCACUUCCAUCAGAUCAGCCAACAUUAAGUGAAGAAAGAAAACUUCUACGUCGUGGUUAUCUCCAGUUAUUACAAAGUAUCUAUCAGUCAGUACCAGAUGUAUUUUCACAGCUUAUUAGUGAAAAUAUUGUACAAGCGUACAUAAGAGCGAACGAUUAG